AUGGAGAAUAUGUUCAACCUACUCUUGCAGCAAAAGAGUCAAGAAGAGCAUGUCCUCCACCAACACCAGGGCGCACCUGAUGCCAUCAUGUGUCGGGCAUUUGCUGCAACCCUUAAAAGUAGUGUCAGAGAUUGGUAUCGAACCCUAUGGCCUGGGUUAAUUGGUUCUUUCUCAGAGAUGGAGCAGCAUUUCACCGGCUAUUUCCUCAGUAAUCGGAGAAUCGUUAAAACACCGGCUCAUCUGAUGAGUAUGGUUCAGGGAGAAAGGGAGACACUAAAAAAGUUCAUGCACCGCUUCGUCACUGCGACCGUGGAGAUCCGCAACCUGGACAUUAGAGUGGCAUUAGUAGCCUUGACCACGGCCCUUCAGCCAGGAAACUUCAUGUCUUUUCUAGGAAAGAGACCCCCAGCUGACAUGGGGGAGCUGAUAGCAAGAGCGCAGAAGUAUAUUAAUCUAGAAGAGGUAAUAGACACAAGAAAAUAG